GCAGUUUUGGUGCCUUCGUAACAUGUUACAAAGCUGUCAGAGGUGGUUGACACGCACUACAAAAUCCCGUCACGACCCCUACUGGUUGACCUGACCUGACCCGACCUGGUCUAAAUGCUUGAAUACAUCAUCAUCUAUGAUCAAAACUAACACGAUAUUCGUGAUCAGCACCCGCCCCCCCCCCCUCUUAGCAGCCACACUUUACGACUUUCUAACAGGUCCCGAUUUUCCCGACUUUGGGUCAUUGACCCGACCUGGAAGGCCAACCAAUGACCUAGGACCUAAAAAUUGGGUAUCAUCGGCUUCCUCUCGUCACGGGCAGCACGCUCGUUUUUUCCGCGAAGCUCUAGCUCGAUCAGGGGCCAAACGGCAAGGGGGGUGUCCAACCGACCCCCCCCCUACACAUUGGAAGCUGGCAAACGCCGCACACAUGCGAGGGUUUAGGUUGUAGGCUUGUAGGUUUUAGCGGUUUUAGGUUGUAGGUUUGUAGGUUUUAGCGGUUUUAGGUUGUAGGUUUGUAGGUUGAAGCUUAGGUUAGGUCAGGUUAGGAUAGGUCUACUUAGAAAGAAACAUCUCCGGGUAGCGCCUGUCCUUUGUUGGAAAUACGAAACCCGUACCCAUGCUCCGAAAUUAUACCGAUCAUGUGUCCAAAAAUAUUGCCUUCAUUCGGCAUUCCAGGACGGGCAGGAAAUUUUCAAUUCAUUGCGAGUAUAUAGUUCUUUGCGUACCUACAUACAUACUCGGGGUAAAAAAGACAAGUAAAAGUCUUACCUGACGUUCAGGCGAAUGCAUGUUCGGUAGAACGUCAUCUGCUCGAGCACAAUCGUUGGACACGUUUGGCAGUCCCACGGUGGCCAGCGCGCUUCCCGUGUGGCCUGCGAUAUGGCUGGCGCCCCACUGCCGCCCAGCGCCAGUUUUCACCGGAGCCGACCCGCAGAGAGACGCCAUGACCUGUAGAGGGUGGCGCGGCGCGGCCGCUGCUCUGCUGCUGCUGACCGGCCCACUGGCGCGCGCCGUGCCGCCGCCGUGUCCCAACACAAGCUGGGUGGAGUCGCCCGCCGGCGACUGCUUCCUGCCCCUGCACCUGCAGUCGCCCGUGACGGCCGACCAGGCGCUGGCGCUCUGCACGGAUGCGGCGCCGGGGUCGUACCUGCCCGAGACGCUCGAUCCAGAGACUAACUUCAUAGUGCAGAUGGUGGCCGAGCAGGAUGUCGGCGUCAGUCGGUGGGUCUGGCUGGGACUGCGGCGUCCCUCCGAGUGGGACGACUUCGCCUGGCCGUCCGGCGCGCCGCUGGUGUUCGAGUACUGGGCGUCCGGCAGCCCGAGCGACUGGCCCGACAAUUGCGUCUACAUGUUCAGCGACGGCACCUGGGACAACGGCAGCUGCCACUCAGACGCCCACUACGUCAUCUGUCAGACCAGGGCACAGUGAUGCCACUUGGCUUACACGACUACACUGAGGUCACGUGACAGGCCAAGAUACCUACCGUGCAUGAUAUGGUUAAAUGGAGAAUAUGAUCUUUCUUAUUUCUUGAAGAAAAUGAUUCGACCAUCACAUUAUUUUUAGCGCAGGUAUAGCUUUUAAAAACAUCAUAAAUUGGCAUAUUUUUGAAAGUGAAAACAUCUUUUUUUGCAAGAGGGAAGCAGUACUUGUAGUAUUUGCAACACCCAUCGAAAAUGCAUUGUCCUUCUCUAUAAAAAGUCGCAGUGAUGGCGCUUGUGUCACAAAUAACGGCGCUUUAGUUUUUGAAUGCUAUCGCUUUGGUCA